GCUAUGGUAUCGAUAACGCAUCCUCCAUCUGGUUUUGAGAAUAAAGGAAAGAGCUAUUACACUAUCUGGCGAACUGUAUUUGAGAUUGAUACUAAAUAUAUACCUAUCGAGCCCAUCGGGAGAGGCGCUUAUGGCGUCGUAUGUUCGUCGAUCGACCGUGAAACAAAAGAGAAAGUUGCUAUCAAGAAGAUAAACAACACCUUUGAAAAUCCCAUCCGUCCAUUGAGAACUCUAAGGGAGAUCAAGCUUUUGAGACGGCUGAAGCAUGAUAAUAUCAUCACACUAAAGGAUGUCAUGGUACCUCCCAAUAGGAGAUUAUUCAAAGACGUUUACCUUGUCUUUGAACUUAUGGAUACGAAUUUGUGCGAGAUCAUCCAAUCACCUCAGCCUCUUUUCAAUUACCAAUGUCAAUACUUCCUCUUUCAGUUGCUUCGAGGACUGAAGUAUCUUCACUCGGCCAAUGUAAUUCAUAGAGACUUGAAGCCAGAGAACCUUUUUGUCAAUGGCGCCGAUUGCAAGCUUAAGAUCGGUGAUUUCGGACUGGCUCGUUCCACGACUCGGAGUGGCCAAGGAAUGAGUUCAUAUAUUGCUACUCAAUGGUAUCGAGCACCAGAGCUGCUCGUUUGCUCAAAUAGAUACGAUACUUCCAUUGAUAUGUGGUCUGUCGGUUGCAUUCUAGCUGAGCUACUUGGGCGCAGACCUCUCUUUCCUGGCACCGACGAUAUCAACCAGCUCGAGCGCAUUGUCAGUGUACUUGGCAUUAAGGACGAUGCUGAUCUCAACUUCGUUGACAAUGAACAUGCUCGUAAGUACAUCAAGUCAUUGCCACAUAAUCUCGGCAUUCCUUUAGCUAGCAUAUACCCCCAUGCCAAUCCCUUGGCCAUCGACUUGCUGAAGAAGAUGUUAGUUUUUGAUCCAUCAAAGAGAAUCGAUGUCACUGAGGCACUGCAACAUCCUUAUAUGGCUUCAUACUACGACCCCCUGCUUGAUCCUACUGCUGAUAGCCCCGUCGAUCUUGGUUUUGAUGACGAUGUCGAGGAAGACGCGAUCAGAGAGAUGAUGUGGGAAGAGAUGCUUUUCUAUCACCAAGAAAGAGAAGUUGCUUCCAGAGCCUAA